CUUGACAACAACAAGUGUUUGGAUUGGGUGGCUGGGCUUCCACUUCCGUUGUUACUUAGCUAUAACUACCACCUCGAUUCACAGGCUCAAAGUUCGAUUCACAGGUAGCUUUGCAGUUCAAGGCUUUGUGACAUGGCCGAAGAAAGAAACCCAGAGUCAUUAUGCUGCACCUCCGGUCAUUGGCAUGCACCACGGCCAGUUGCUUUGACACUUGUCAUUGAUGAAGCUGAGAUGAGAUUGGAGUUAUCAGAUGGAUCAAGUAGCUCAUCAGUUCGAUAUUGGUACAUAUCUCAAUGUGAAGACAAUACAAUACGGUAAACAAUGGGUUCGGGCAAUUUCGGUCUGUGAUACAUCACAGCCGGGGAACUUGAUAGCGGAUUCCCGGAGCAAAUCCCGCGCCUGCCUCCCUGGCAGCUAAGUUAGGUAUCCUGUGCGUCGGUGUCGGUGUCGGUGUCGGCGUCGG